AUGACGUUCAAGAGACGUAACCACGGAAGAAACAAGAAGAACCGCGGACAUGUCGCGUACAUUCGCUGCACCAACUGCGGACGCUGCUGCCCGAAGGACAAGGCCAUCAAGAAGUUUGUGGUCAGAAACAUCGUCGAGGCUGCUGCUGUCAGAGAUAUCGGAGAUGCCUCCGCGUACACUCGUGAGUUUUCCUAUAUUCAAAACCUGGUAAAAACCAUGAUUUCGCCUCCGAUGAAACAAUUAUGCGGUAGGGUGCUAAAUUCUUUUGUUUAAAGCAAAAUUCUGAAUAAGAAGUAUUUCUCAUUGACAGGAAACAAAAAUCGCGUUUCAGAAUACACUCUGCCGAAGCUCUACCAUAAGCUUCACUAUUGCAUCGCCUGCGCCAUUCACAGCAAGGUCGUCAGAAACAGAUCUCGCGAGGCCAGAAGAGACCGCAACCCACCACCGCGUUUCGGACAGCGUACCGCUACCGCCCGCCCGGGAGCCCCUGGACCACGUCCAUAA